UUUCACAUCCCUAGAAGUCGGACGCGUGCAAAACACGCCGAAUUUUUAUUAUUUUAUUUCUUAUUAAUAAAAGAAAUCAACCAUGGAUGAUGCAGACUACGAUAACGACGACGUUGGCGGCGACGACUUCGAUGAUGUUGACGAGGACGUGGACGAGGACAUCAACCAGGAGGAGGAGGCGGACAACAUCGAGAUCAUAGCCUCCGCCGGAGCGGGGGGUGGAGGUGUCCCCAAGUCCAAGCGAAUCACCACCAAGUACAUGACCAAGUACGAGCGCGCCAGAGUUCUGGGCACUCGAGCCCUCCAGAUCGCCAUGUGCGCACCCAUCAUGGUCGAACUGGACGGGGAAACAGAUCCCCUCCAGAUCGCCAUGAAGGAGCUCAAGCAGAAGAAGAUCCCCAUCAUCAUCCGUCGAUACCUGCCAGAUCACUCCUACGAGGACUGGAGCAUCGACGAACUGAUCAUGGUGGACAACUAGCUAGUACACAACUUAAUUACGCAUAACGAAAUAUACAGACUAAGAUUAAGGCUGAGUAAGCACA